UCUACUCAGCACAUCUCAUCUGUGCAUCAUUGCCGCCCACAAAAGACACAGCUCCCAGCAGCCGCCUGAAAUAGCAAGCUCUUCUUCCACCUAGCGCCCAGCUCCCUCCCUCUCCUGUCAAUCUCAGUUUCUCCUCUGAUCUCCCUACCUUCCUCACGCCGAGCUUCGUGAGUUCUUGCUCCUUUGACUGUCUGCUUUUCCAUUUGAUGAGAAUUCUUGGAGGGCGGGGACAAGAGAGGAAGAAGGCCAAGUUUGGUUCAGCAAAGCGUUCGAGCAGAGUGGGAUCGAGUUGAGGAGAUAUCUGAGAGGUCUUCCAAAGCAAGCUCCAGGACAACACUAAAUACCCAUGUGAUCAGUUCUUUCCAGAUUUGCCAACACCAAUUCUUGCAAUGAGAAUACGCAUCCUAUUCUGCCUCCAUCUCACCAUACUCCUCUCCCUCUCUGUGAGCUCAACCUGCCAAACUGAUCCCCAAACAGAGGCACUUCUCCAAUUCAAGGCCAGCUUAGCUGACCCUCUGAACUAUCUUCAGACAUGGACAAACGCCACGUCCCCGUGCCAGUUCCAUGGCAUCCAGUGCAGCGCAGGCUCGGUGACUGAGAUCUCGCUGUCGAGCAUGAACCUCUCCGGCACGAUCUCGCCGUCCAUCGCCGCGCUCAGCGGCCUGGAGCGGCUCGAUCUGGACACCAAUUCAUUGUCAGGAGCUGUACCUUCUGAGCUAAUCAGCUGCACCCAGCUCCGGUUCCUGAACCUUUCCUGGAAUACCCUGACCGGAGAGCUGCCGGAUUUUUCGGCGCUGACGGUGCUAGAGAGCCUGGACGUCGCGAACAAUGGCUUCUCCGGCCGGUUUGCGGCGUGGGUGGGCGACAUGACCGGCCUGGUGUACCUCAGCAUCGGCUGCAACAACUACGAUCAAGGGGAGAUGCCUCCGAGCAUUGGGAACCUCAAGAACCUGACGUAUCUGUACCUGUCGAACUGCAGCUUGACAGGGGGGAUACCCGACUCCGUCUUCGAGCUGACCCUGCUGGAGACGCUGGAUUUGUCCCUGAACAAUCUCGCCGGCGAGAUCCCGAAGGCCAUCGGCAACCUCAAGAAAGUGUGGAAGAUCGAGCUGUACAAGAACAUCCUCACCGGCGAGCUCCCGCCGGAGCUUGGCAGGCUCGCGGAGCUGCGGGAGAUCGACGUCUCCCGUAACCAGCUCAGCGGCGGAAUCCCGGCAGCAUUCGCCAAGCUCAAGAACUUGGAGGUGAUCCAGCUGUACCGGAACAACCUGUCCGGGGCGAUCCCGGCCGAGUGGGCCGAGCUCCGGUCCCUGAAGAGCUUCUCCGUCUACGAGAACCGUUUCGCCGGCGAGUUCCCGGCGAACUUCGGCCGGUUCUCGUCGCUCGACAGCGUGGACAUCUCCGAGAACGGAUUCGUCGGGCCGUUCCCGAGGCACCUCUGCAACGGCAAGAGCCUCCAGUUCCUUCUCGCCCUGCAGAACGGCUUCUCCGGCGAGGUCCCGGAGGAGUACUCGGCGUGCCAAACCCUGCAAAGGUUCCGGAUCAACAAGAACCAGCUCACCGGCAGCAUCCCGGAGAGGUUGUGGGGGCUCCCCGCCGUCACGAUCAUCGACGUAUCGGACAACGGGUUCACCGGGACUAUAUCGCCGCUGAUCGGCGAGGCGCAGAAUCUGAACCAGCUCUGGGUGCAGAACAACAGGCUCAGUGGCACGAUCCCGGCGGAAACCGGCCGGCUCGGGCAGCUCCAGAAGCUCUACCUGUCCAACAAUUCUUUCUCGGGGACAAUACCGUCGCAGAUUGGGAACUUGGCACAGCUGACGGCGCUGCACCUGGAAGACAACGCAUUGGGUGGCGCAUUGCCCGCUGAUAUCGGCAGCUGCUCCAGGCUCGUCGAGAUCGACGUCUCCCGGAACGAGCUCACGGGCCCGAUCCCCGCCUCGCUGUCGCUGCUGUCGUCUCUGAACUCACUCAACUUGUCACGCAAUGCCAUCACCGGGAUGAUCCCGGCCCAGCUUCAGGCGCUGAAGCUGAGCUCCGUCGACUUCUCAGCGAACCGGCUUACCGGCAGCGUGCCGCCCGGGCUGCUCGUGAUCGCCGGCGACGAGGUGUUCGCCGGGAAUCCCGGUCUCUGCGUCCAUGGCUGGUCUGAGCUCGGCGCGUGUAAUACGGACGACCACCACAGGGACGGCCUCGCGAGGAGAUCGCUUGUCGUCCUGCCGGUCAUUGUAUCCGUGAUGGUGCUGCUUGUGGUUGGCAUACUGUUCGUGAGCUACAGAAGCUUCAAGCUCGAGGAGCAGAGGAGGAGGGACCUGGAGCGCGGCGACGGGUGCGACCAGUGGAAGCUGGAGUCGUUCCACCCGCCGGAGCUGGACGCCGACGAGAUAUGCGGCGUCGGGGAGGAGAACCUCGUCGGGUCGGGCGGUACGGGGCGCGUGUACCGGCUUCAGCUCAAGGACGGCGGCGGCACUGUGGCCGUGAAGCGGCUGUGGAAGGGCGACGCCGCGCGGGUCAUGGCCGCGGAGAUGUCCAUCCUCGGUACGAUCCGGCACCGGAAUGUCCUCAAGCUCCACGCCUGCCUGUCGCGCGGUGAGCUCAACUUCAUCGUCUACGAGUACAUGCCGCGGGGCAACCUGUACCAGGCGCUCCGCCGGGAGGCCAAGGGCGGCGGCGGCGAGCCCGAGCUGGACUGGCCACGGCGGUGCGGGGUCGCGCUCGGCGCCGCCAAGGGGCUCAUGUACCUCCACCACGACUGCACACCGGCGGUCAUCCACCGCGACAUCAAGUCCGCCAACAUACUUCUCGAUGAGGACUACGAGGCCAAGAUCGCCGACUUCGGCAUCGCCAGAGUCGCCGCCGGCAACUCCGAGGAGUUCAGCUGCUUCGCCGGAACCCACGGCUACCUCGCUCCCGAGCUCGCCUACUCUCUCAAGGUGACGGAGAAGACGGACGUGUACAGCUUCGGCGUCGUGCUCAUGGAGCUGGUCACCGGCCGGAGCCCGAUCGACGCGCGCUUCGGCGAGGGCAAGGACGUCGUGUUCUGGCUGUCGAGCAAGCUCGGAACGCAGAGACUGGACGACGUUGUGGACCCGCGCCUCGCAGCGUCGUCCGCCAAGGGCAAGGAGGAGAUGCUCAGGGUACUCAAGAUCGCCAUGCUCUGCACAACCAAGCUGCCGGCCGGGCGGCCGGCAAUGAGGGACGUGGUGAACAUGCUCACGGACGCCUGCGCGGGGUCCUGCAGCCCGCGCGGCAACCCGCCGGUGUGGAGCUGCAGCAAAAGCGCGCGCUGAAUCUUAGAGUAGCCUCUGACUCCUGGGUACCAGCUAUCUCUGUUUCUGUAACCAAAUUCUGAUGUGAUCUCUUUUUUUUUGAGGGGUUUUCCGAUGUGAUCUUUGUGGUGUAUAAGUAGGGGGUUAGGAUCCUCUGCUGUAACGGAGCGUGCAGUACGUUACUGUCAUGUGGACCUGGCCUCAUGUGUCAUCCGCAUUACAACACGGUACAGUAUUGCAGAGGAUCUUAACCCAUAAGUAGGGUCAUAUGUUUACAGGUAUAUAUAUUGUAAAUUAUUUGCCAUAAUAUUUUGAGUGGAUAAUGAAAUGUUUUAGACU